AUGCAAACUCCCACCAAACGAGACGUUUUAGACCUCCAGAAAGCCAUGAAGGGUUUUGGUACCAACGAGAAAGUUCUUAUAGAAAUCCUCGCUUCGCGUAGCAACGACGAAAUCCGGGCUAUACGAAAUACAUUCUAUACGACAUACGACAAAUCACUCGAGGAGGCGAUAUGGGCAGAGACGUCGGGUGAUUUCCGGCGGAUGUUAGUGCUUCUUCUGCAAGGUAGUCGUGAUGAGUACGGCAUCCCACAGUACCACAAAGCAGUACGGGACGCUCAACAGCUUUUGCGAGCUUCCGACAAGAAAUCUGGACAGGACAAAUUCGAUGCCUAUAAAAUCCUUGCGACGGCUAGUCCCAGUCAUCUCGCCUAUGUCUACACGGAACUGGAAACCAUUUCUGGAUAUUCCAUCGAAAAGACAAUUGAUCGCGAAUUCAACGGAGAUAUUAAAAAUCUUCUGCUGGCGCUCGUGAUGGUCUCACAAAGCAAGCCAAAGUUCUUCGCUCACCAAAUUCACAAUUCCAUCAAG